AUGGUCGGGUCCUCUUUUAUCUCUCACACGGUCACACCAGCGCACCGCAAACGGGGAGAGGCUCAUAAACGCAGACAGAGCGCUAAGGGUAGAGAGAGAGUGGAAGAAGAGAAGAGAGAGAGAAAGAGAGAGGGGUGGGGGAAUAGGAGUAGAGGAGAUGGAGGAAGAGCAGGGUAACAGUAGCAGUAGCAACUUGGAAACGGGAAAGGCGGAGAGAUCGGUGUGGCUGAUGAAGUGCCCCUUGGCGGUGUCCAAAUCAUGGCAGUCCCAUUCUUCCUCUGAAUCACAACCUGUCUCCAAGGUCGUCCUCUCCCUCGAUCCUCUCCGCUCCGAAGAUCCCUCUGCGCUGGAGCAGUUCACAAUGGAAAUGACUGGCACUGGGGCUCCUAAUAUGCCAAAAAGUUACUCCUUGAAUAUGUUCAAAGAUUUUGUUCCUAUGUGUGUUUUUUCUGAGACAAAUCAAGGUAGAGUUGCAAUGGAAGGGAAAGUAGAGCAUAAAUUUGACAUGAAGCCCCACAAUGAAAAUAUUGAGGAGUAUGGCAAAUUGUGCCGUGAAAGGACAAAUAAAUCUAUGAUUAAGAAUAGACAAAUUCAGGUGAUUGACAAUGACCGUGGAGUGCAUAUGAGGCCUAUGCCUGGAAUGGUUGGUCUGAUUGCAUCCAAUUCUAAGGAUAAGAAGAAAACUGCGCCAGUUAAGGGCUCUGACAUGAAAAGAACUAGAAGGGAUCGUGGGGAACUGGAAGAUAUUAUGUUCAAGCUUUUUGAAAGGCAACCUAAUUGGGCCUUAAAGCAGCUAGUCCAAGAGACGGAUCAACCUGCGCAAUUUUUGAAAGAGAUACUGAAUGAGCUCUGCGUGUACAAUAAAAGAGGAACCAAUCAAGGAACUUAUGAGCUUAAGCCAGAAUAUAAGAAAUCUGCUGAGGAUACAGGUGCUGAAUAAGUUCUCUCUUUCUAUGAUUGUAUAUUUGAUUGUGCAAGUCUAAUAAAACUUGAUCAAGAAAGCUGGAGUUUUCUCCAAAAGGGGCACCUUGUUCUGUGAAAUCCACAAGGUGUAUUUACAGUCUGUCUUUGUUAAAGUUGAGUAAGAGGUAUAGACAUAUGAGGAGUACAAUUUCCUGAAGUUGGUUAUGAAAUACCUGUGCCUGGGAAUAUGGUCCUAUAAAGUUACUUCAAGAAUACCUUUUUGGUUUAGCUUGCAUUAGAAUUGAUUAUGUUUGUAUGUGGUAUUACUAGUUUAUGAAUAGAGUUUAUAUUGAUAUUUUAACCACUUAGUUCAA